AUGCCGGUCACUUUUAACCCAGCCAGCCAUCUUGCCAACUCUAUUACAGACGCGAAGCAAGUCACUGCCGACGAGCUCCUACGCACCUGUAGCCCGGAGGCAGAACGCCAAUGCGAAGAGAUCCUGCAGUCCUUUCUUGGGCGGGGCCCCUUUGCGAAGGACACCAUUCUCUCCAAAGAUGCGUUCCGCCUAUCUCACAUGCGCCACGGGCUUGUUCAGACGGUCUGCGAGGCGUAUCUGGAACAUCGAGCACUCGUCUUACGCCCCGACGACGUUUGGCUAGCCAUCCUGACGCAGUUCAGCAUGUACGUGAACGAACAUGCCGAGGAGCUGCGCGACAAGUUCGUCGCACAUAAGGGGAAGAAGGAGCUCAUCGUUUACGCCGCGGGAACGCGGCAUACUGUCGAUUUUGGCGACAUGGCGGUCCGGAUGACGAACGAGAUGGACAAGUUCAUCGUCGACCGCGCCUUGCGUGACUGGAUCCUGCCGAGCUUCUCAACGACGACUGAGAACGAUACUGUAGUCGCGUCAGUAGCCAUGAUGGCGACGAUGAAGGCGUACUUUGAGUACAGCUUCGGCAUCACUUGCGGGAUUCCUAAGGUCACACUGGAGGGAGAUAAGGCAGAUUGGGAGGAUCUCCUACGCAGAGCUCGUAAGCUCAUGGAAUAUGGCGAGGAGACCACAGCCUGGUAUGCACUUCUGCGCCCGGUGCUCGUUCGUUUCGUGCGCGCGUUCGACCUCCUGCCGAACACGAGGGACAAUCUCGACUUCUGGAAUCACGCCGUGUUUCACCAACAGACGGGCUGUGGCGAUCCCACCGAAUUCGCGCUCACAGGGUGGUUAUCAGCAUUCUGUGUCUUUAGUGACAAGGGAAAGUGGAUCGGUAGGCCGGUCAAGACGGUAUUGAGCGAGUGGUACGAUUCGCCAGCCGGCUCGAACGAGAUGGAGAAGAAGAGUGCACAGUCCGCGUUGUCAGAUACGACCACUCUCGGUGGCACCGCACUCGAGUAUGACAAGAAGCAAUGGAUCGGGGUCCUGCGGCUUGACGGGAUGACGUACCACCAUCUACACGGCGGCGCCAUCCCUCCUUCGAUAGUAGAGGUCGACGUGAAGGUGAUUGACAACGGUGUUCCCUUCCCCUCUAUAAUGGUGGCCGGCAUCGUGGGGGCGAGUGUGCUGGACAGUGGCAGCACUGAAGUUUCUUCGACCGGCGUCAGGGACACGAUCGCGCCUGCCACUGGUUGGUGGCUCUACACCAAGAAGGGCGUGAACAAGAACAAAUUGAACGAUCUCCUGUCCCGGAUGCCAGACGAGAAGGGUGGAAUGGAGGUCCGCAAGGCCGGGGACAAGCUCGCCGCGCGAGUCGAAGGAAAGGAUAGUCAAGGCCGGAGGGAUGGGGUCUCGAGUAUGCGGAAGUGGGCGAGAAGGGUGCUUGUAUGCUUCCCGCUCUGA